ACGCCCUUUCCGACACCGAAGGAUGACUCUGCUUGUGGCUCACCCGAGUGAGUAAAUAAACAGGCAAGAAUCGUACAAAAAUCAUGCUUUAGUACAAUAGGCGAUUUUGGCGAUUAUCUGGUGCAUAUACCAAGGUGUACCAGAGUGUACACUCGUUGUCAGCAUCAUGAAGUGCCUUUACAGCUCAAGAAAGACGCCAAGAGUCGCCUCACGGUUUUAUACCAAAAUGCCUGUGUAAACUUGCUGGUAGAUGAGCGACAAGCAGAGGAUCAAUUUUGUAAAAGAAAGGCAAAAUGAAGGAUGGGCGAGAUUACCUUCGAGCUCUACUGGAAGCACGCCCCCAUCACGUGCAGGAACUUUGCCGAGCUCACGCGACGCGGGUACUACAACGGGACCAAGUUUCACAGGGUCAUCCGCGACUUUAUGAUUCAAGGUGGAGACCCCACCGGGACGGGGAAGGGCGGAAUGUCCAUAUACGGCGAGUGUUUCGACGAUGAGAUACACGACGACUUGAAGCACACGGGCGCUGGAAUAUUGUCGAUGGCAAAUUCCGGACCGGACAGCAACGGAUCGCAGUUCUUCGUCACGCUCGCGCCUACUCAGUGGCUCGAUGGAAAGCACAGUAUAUUUGGCAGAGUCUAUUCCGGCAUGGCGAUAGUGAAAAGAAUCGGACUAGUCGAAACGGAUAAGAACGAUCGACCGGUGGACGAUGUGAAAAUCGUCAAGGGCUCCGUGAAGAACGCGUGACUUCCCGAAAGGGGAUCUUUCAUAAGGCGUAAAUCGUAAUUUUGUGAUUUUUCAAGUAAACUAUAUUAAAUAUCUUUCUUCAUACAUGUCUCCAUGUUUCUCUUUCAUGCGCCACGAUUGAUAAAGAUAGCUACUAGAGCUAGAA